AUGGCUACUGCUACAGGAGCACAGGCGACAUCACUUUCGUCAGCCAAUAUCCGAAACACGGACGUUCAUACCAACCCUGGCGUGGAUCUGAAUGACCAGCAGAAACUCGUUGUUGGAUCUAUCCUCGAUCAUUUGAGCUUGUGGUCUAAGGAUGCCACCUUUACAGACCCGCUGACUAUAGCCACUGGGUAUAAGAAGUAUGCUGCUCAAUGCAACAAAUACACAGUCAAAGGUAUCAAAAAGGAUCAGGUCAUUGACAGCGUGGUGAAGAUCUUCCUUGGAGCAGACGGCAAGAUUGAGAAGGUCGAAGAUAGAUGGAACAACAGUCUGCCCGAUGGCGCCGUGAGCCAGCGGGUUCUGGCGAUGUUUGCUCUAGUGUACAGCUCUGUGCCAUUGAUGUCCGGGCCUAAGCGAUCGCUGGCAGCGCACAAUGCACACUCAUUUGAGAAGUCAAUCAACUAA